GGGUUGCGCCAGAAGUUGAGGACCUCUUCGUGCAGAUCAGCCGGGCGUCUCGAGUGCGGCUGCUAGAACUUGCGGUGGACAGCGAGUUGGAUCCAUCCUCGGCGGCCAGCAGAAGCCAGACUUUGCUGGAUGCGAGUUGCACAUCUGCAGAAAGGGUCAUGCUCAAUAUUGGUCUCGGUUCUCCUGUUCGUGAUGAUACAAUUGAUACCAUAGUCGGGCAACACUAUAACCUUUCACGCUACGACCACCUGCAGGAGUUGGAGAUCCGGCUGCACCCCUUCGCAGCAUAUGCAUGGCCCUGGAUCCCACAUAUUGUGUCUCGCAUCACCUCGAAACAUUUCCAGGCUAUGUCUGUUAUGUUUAGGCAUGCGACAGACUACAUGGCCGAUGAUUGGGACAGAAUGCUGGCGGAAAUGGAGCAGGAUGAUGUUCUGACGCGAUUGGACAGCAUACUGCAGGGGAAACACUUCUCCAGUACUGUUGCAUCCAAGUCAUGCCACGUCUGUAUUGGCGUUGACAAUGUUGCCCACAAUCGGCAAUCUGCCGACGAGUAUAUCAUAAUGGAGUCAGCACUCCGAGAAUGGUACGACCGGUUGGACGUGCUUGUUAGCCGGAAGAUGUCAUACUCAUACAGACAAGGUUUAUUGAGCACUGUGCACAACAUUCAAGAACACGCGAGCUGGAGGCAUAACGUGUACAGGUCAUUGCAUCCUGGCACACACGCACAGCAGAUGUCCGAAGGUUUCUCUCAUGGUCCUCGGAUUCGGCUGCUUCCUGCGAAGGUCUGUGAGCGGAUCAUCGACCACAUCGCGAUGGGAAUGGCAUUCGAUUAUCGUCCGAUUACAAAGGGUGAUCCACGUCUGGCCUCUCUCACUUCCUGCGCCCUCGUAUGCCGAGACUGGUAUUACCUGACAUGGUCUCAUCUUCGUCGACGCAUCCAUCUGCGAGACCGGAAGGAUGUUCUCUCGCUCUCCAAGACACUCCGCGAAAGGCCACGCCUCCGUGAGGUCGUUCAAGAGGUCAUCAUAUCGGGUGACUCUCCCGGGGAGCGUCGACCGAUCCGACACCUUGGGACGUUUGCCGCCAUGCUCGCGGGCAAGCUUCCGAGGUUGUCAAUGCUCAGCAUUGAAGAUGCGGAGUGGACCAUCGGCUCGGUCCGAACGGAGGACAUCCGCUACCUAGCUGCGUUCAGUUCCAUUCAGACUCUAUUCAUCCGCAAUGCCACCUUGUCGAGCGUUGCCCAGCUGUCCCGCCUCGUUUCAGCACUCCCGCAACUUAGGUGCUUAUGGUGCGAUGGGGUUGCCUGCUUUCAGGAACAGCAAGUCUCCCAGGCCUUCCUCCCACUGAACCGUGACUGUGCAAAUCUGGAGUCUCUCCAAGUCGCAGCGCAAAGGGUUGCACCAGCAGUCGAGGACCUCUUCCUGCAGAUCAGCCGGACUUCCCGGGUGCGCGAUCUCUGGCUUGUGGUGGACUACAGGUUGGAUACAUCCUCGGGAGCCAGCAGAAGCCAGAAUCUGCUAGAUGCGAGUUCCACAUCUGCAGAGACGCUUGCGCUUGAUUUUGAUUUCAAUAUUUCUGUUCGUGAUGGUACAAUUGAUAGCGUAGUCGGAAAGUCAUCUCAGUUCCCUCUCGAGAGUCGAGGCGCUUAGCUGAUUGUUUCUUGCCUACAGAGCGACAUUACAACCUUUCGCACUACGAC